UCUCUUUUGGAAAACAAUUCCAAAUCCCUCUGUCCCACAUUGUCUAUAUGAAACUACUGUUUCCUACUCUGCAUAUUAUCUAGUUUUCUUACCUUCUAGUAUAGAAAGAGCAAUGAGUACAGGAGACAGGCAAAGAAUGCAUGAACAAAGUGGUUGCUUUGAUCCCAACACAAUGGGAGAAAGUGUUACCUCUCUAAAGGAUAACUUUCCUCAAAACCCUCUACCUCCAUCACCUAUGGUUGUGGUAGGCAACACCACAAACAGCAAUAGCUUUGAAGAGAAUCUCAAGCUUUCUGUGGAUGAGCUCUCCUACAACCAUCACAAUCCAGAAGAUGUCUCCACCUAUGCAAAUGGAGUCACUGCCUCAUCAAUUGACAUCUCACAUCCACAACAUCUAGGUUUGAACAUGGGGAACACCUUUAACAACAACAACAACAACAUGGAUAACCAUUUGGUGCAAGAGGUGAUUGAUGCCCUUUCCUAUCAGCACUCCACUUGGGACCAGGAAUCACAAGACAUGGCAUAUGCUAAUCACACACAACAACAACAACAACCAAAUGAACAACAAUUUCAACAAAGUCAAAGCUACAACCCCUCUUCCAUACUAGACCCUCCUUACCCUUCACCAGAUCUCCUAAACCUUCUCCACUUACCAAGAUGCUCAGCCUCAUCUUUGCUCACAAACCCAACUCCAAAUUUUCAAAAUCCAAUGGCCUUUCUUGGAGAGUUUCCAAUAGGAUCAGACAACACAAGUGCAUGUGCAUCCUCAGUUUUGUAUGAUCCUCUAUUCCAUCUCAACCUGCCUCCACAGCCUCCAGCCCUCAGAGAGCUGUUUCAGUCUCUCCCCCGUGGCUACAGCUUGCCAACCAACUCCAGGAAUGGUUCACUCUUUGGUGGAGGGGAUGAGAUGGAGCCAGAUGACAUGGGAGUGCUCGAAUUCAACAGGGUCACACCUUCUGUUGCCAAAGGAAGGGGUGGCAAAGCUACCAAACAUUUUGCAACUGAGAAACAAAGAAGAGAGCAACUCAAUGGAAAAUACAAAAUCUUGAGGAGUCUCAUCCCAAACCCCACCAAGAUUGAUAGAGCAUCUGUGGUGGGAGAUGCCAUUGACUAUAUAAGAGAACUGAUUAGAACAGUCAAUGAGCUCAAACUAUUGGUGGAGAAGAAAAGAUAUGGGAAGGAGAGGUGCAAGAGGCCAAAAACAGAAGAAGAUGCUGCUGAGAGCUGUAACAUAAAGCCUUUUAGUGAUCCAGACGGGGGCAUAAGAACCUCAUGGCUCCAGAGGAAAUCCAAAGACAGUGAGGUUGAUGUCCGAAUUAUCGACGAUGAUGUCACAAUCAAACUCUUUCAGAGGAAGAAGAUUAACUGUCUGGUGUUUGUCUCCAAAGUUCUGGAUGAACUUCAGCUGGAACUUCACCAUGUUGCAGGUGGACAUGUUGGUGAAUAUUGCAGCUUCUUGUUUAAUAGCAAGAUAAUUGAAGGUUCUUCUGUCUAUGCAAGUGCCAUAGCCAAUAGGGUGAUUGAUGUUUUGGACACUCAAUACGCAGCCGCAGUUCCACAUACAAACAGCUAUUAGAGAAGGAAAAUAUAGUGUCAAGAUCAGUCAUUACAUGCUUAACUUGUUUAGUAAUGAUUAUAAUAAUGAUAUUAAUAAGUUCAUGGACACAAACAGAUAGGAAAAUUUAUUAGUUCAACAAUUUCAUACUUAUUCAUGAUAAAGUUUCUUCAAUUCUGAUACAAGGAUAUUGUUAAACUUUAAUUUGGAGUCGGAGUGACACAACAAAGUUAUUUUGCUAGUGUUAUACACAAAGGCUUUUUAUUUUCUCUUACAUUUUAACUUUGUAUUUUAGUUUAGCAACAGGCAUUAUGCCCGAUGAAGAAAUGAAUGCAUUAUGUUAUUUUUACAAAU